GUCAACCAUGGCUGCUGAUCUGGAUGUAGUCAACCUGUUUCUUAUUGCUGGAGGAACACUAGUUCUUCCCAUCCUGGCUUUUCUGGCAUCCUUCCUUCUCUGGCCGUCUGCACUCAUUAAAGUGUAUUACUGGUACUGGAGGAGGACUUUGGGUCUGCAGGUGCGCUCUGCAGACUGUGGAGGUUAUCGCUUCUGCUACUCCUACAGAGGAAAGCCUGGGCUGAGACCAUCCAUCUUAAUGCUUCAUGGCUUCUCUGCUCACAAAGACACGUGGCUGACAGUGGUCAAGUAUUUACCAAAACAUCUGCACAUUGUGUGUGUGGACAUGCCUGGUCACGAGGGGACGACACGCACCAACACUGAGGAUUAUUCCAUUCAGGGCCAAGUCAGAAGGAUCCAUCAGUUUGUGGGAACCAUUCACUUAAACAGGAAGUCGUUCCACCUGGUGGGAACCUCCAUGGGUGGACACGUAGCUGGGGUGUAUGCAGCCUGCUAUCCCUCUGAAAUCUGCAGCAUGACUCUCAUUUGUCCAGAUGGUAUAAAACAUCCAUGUGAAACCAAGUUUGACAAUCGCCUGCAGGACCUGGAACACAGCAACUACACCCUGAACAUCCCUCUGAUCCCCACCACGCCUGAAGAGAUGGAGGACAUGUUCAGACUGUGUUCCCACGUCCGCUUCAAGAUCCCUCAGCAGAUUCUUCAAGGACUGGUGGAUGUCAGGCAGCCUCACAACGCAUUCUUCGAAGAAGUAUUUAUGGAAAUUUUUAGUGAAACCUCAAGAUAUGCCUUACAGCAGCACUUGCAUCUUAUCACUACACCUUUACAAGUAAUAUGGGGCAAACAAGAUCAGGUGGUGGACGUCUCCGGGGCUAAUGUCAUUGCAGAGUCGGUGCCAGGAUGCAGAGUGGACCUCCUGGAUAACUGCGGCCACUCUGUGGUCAUGGAAAAGCCUUGUCGGACAGCCAAGCUUAUCCUGGAGUUCAUCAUCCUGCAGCAAAAUGCCAGGCGUGGCACAAAGAAGUCUUCUUGA